CUUCCGGCGUCAGUGGGAAAUUAAAAGCCUAUUUCCUCUUUGCUGAAAAUUCAUUUCACUCGCGUUAUUUUAGAAAAGAAUAAUGUUUUCUGUCGUCGUAUUAAUAUUAGAGCAUCAGAUUUAACAUAUUAUUUGACGUAUUUUGCAGUACUUUGCUCCUCUUUACGUUACCAGGCAGUCUGCUGCAGAGCUCAACUCAAAGAUGGCGGAAGAGGAGAAGAGUGGUGAGCCUGUGAAGGAGAAGAGCGAGCUGCAGAUGAUGAAGGAGCUCGUGGAUGAACUGUAUAACUUCAGAGAUUGCUAUUUUGAGACUCACAGUGUGGAGGAAGCUGGGAGGAAACAAAGCGAUGUCGCUCAGGAGAUCCAAAAGACGUUAAAGAAGCUGGAGGAGAAAGAAGAUCGUUUCAAACACAAAGCAGAGUUUCUGCUGCAGAAGGGCCGUUGUCUGAAUGUAGCUCCAGACUUCAGUCCUGUAGCAGAAGAGUGCCUUUCCCGGGCUGUGAAGCUGGAGCCCGGCCUGGUCGAAGGUUGGAACACAUUGGGGGAGCAGUACUGGAAAAAAGGAGACCUGAUUGGGGCCAAGAACUGCUUCACCGGAGCCUUGCAACAGAGCAAAAACAAGGUGUCUCUACGCAACCUGUCCAUGGUGCUGAGACAGUCUCCGGCGGCAGACAGCGACGCACAUGGCAAGCAGGUGCUGGAGAGCUCGGACAUGGCCCGACAAGCUGUCCAGCUGGAUGUGACAGACGGGACGUCCUGGUACAUCCUGGGAAACGCCUACGUGUCCCUGUUCUUCACAUGUGGACAGAAUCCCCAGCUGUCUCAACAAGCUCUCAGCGCCUAUGCACAAUCUGAGAAAGUAGACAGAGCUGCCUCUUCUUACCCGGAGCUGCAUUUCAACCGUGCCACGCUGUUCCAGUACGAGGAGAUGUUCGGGUCUGCGCUCGGCGGCUACAGCCGAGCCGCGGCGCUCGACCCGGGGUGGGAGGAGCCUCCGGAGAGAGAGAAGCAGCUGCUUGUGUAUCUGGAGAAAGUCAUAGAACUCAUACAGAACAAGGGGAAGGUGAAGGCGCGUAGGUUAAGGACGAUGCUCUCCAACCUCAACACGUCGGCCUUGGGUCCCUGCUCCUCCCCUCAGUUUCGUUCCCCGACGGGCCGCGUUGGCAGCCUGGAGCCUCGAACUCUUUCCUCCUUCACGCACGGUCACAACGCUGGGGUGGCCGCCCUGGGCAAGGUGGUGUUCAGCCUGGCCUCAGAGGGUCGCAUGGCCUUUACGUUUGGCAUGGUGGACAGCGAGGAGUCAUGUAUAGUGGUGAUGGUGUACAACACAGCGGACAGCUGGGGCGUCCUGAUAGGAGACACUGUAGUCAUUCCUGAACCUCAGGUCAAACGAAACAGUAUAACACAUAAAGAUGAGUCAUUUGACUUCAGAAGUAUACGAGUGGACUCCCCUCUGCUCCUCAUCGUCAACGGCAAGAAACAAAAUGCCCAAAGUCAGAUUGCUGCCUCCGUCAGCUACAAGCCCCAGAGCGAAUGAGCUUAACAAGCAACAGAAAGUACAGCAAGAGGACCAAUUUUUUUCUUCUGGAUUUUGAAAAAGUGUUUAGAUAAUUAUGGAAUAUUUUUUUCCCCAAAGUGUGUUGUUUUGUAAAUAGAGUUCAACCUGUUACUUUGUCGUUAGAUGGACAUUUUGUUUAUAUUUAUAAAUAUUCCUUUUUUGUAUUCUGUUUAAUGGAAUGAACCUUUGAUGAUAAUUUGAUGUCAGAAUUGUGAUUUAAGUUUACCCUUAAAAAUCAUUUUUUUUAUCUUAAACACAUUGUUUGUGUGGUGUCUUAGAACCGCAGUUUUCAAACUGUGAUCACUGGGCAACUAGGGGGUUCCCAAAAAUGUUGUUUGAAAUGUAUUGUAGUGGUACUGUAUUUCUUUUUCACAGGAGACAUUUUGACCUUUCAUAUUGGAAAUGCACAGGUGUUAGAAUUUUUUUGAUUAUAAAUAGGCUCUUUUUGAUUCAAGUAUCCCAGUAAGCUGUGACAGUGACCAAGUGUGCCUAAUACCAGGACCCUGACACUGAAGCAGCUAAAUGGAUUAUUAAUAUUCAUACCCGUGUUAUUCCUACUGUGAAAUGAUUUCAGUGAAAGAGGCCUUUUGACCAGAGGUGUCAACACAUAGUGUUUAACAAAUCUGUACAAAAGACACUUAUUCUUGCAGUCUUGGUUGGCCAGUUAGCAAUCUGCCCUGGUUGUUUGUUAUGCAGUGAAAAUCUUUCCAUUACUCACAAUAUUCUGUUAUAAGUUUGGACCUCAUUGGGUCUCCUUCUAGCUUCAUCAACAAACAACCAAUUGCUCAGGUUUAACCCAAAUUUGCCUAAAUUGUUCACACAGUGUGUCAUGAAAAACACUUACUAUUCAUUCAGUAACAUGUGUACUGUAUCAGUAAAUUAAAUGUGUAAUUGAUUUUGUUUUUUACUAUUAAGUAAAUGUAUGCUAAGGUUAGGUUUAGACUUACUCCCUUUACCCCAAUCCUCUAAAUUUUAGUAAGACAGUAAUCACACAUAAAAAUACUGACAGGAACACGUUUGAGUCGUCCUUAUUACAUUAAUUAAUUCCUUCAAUUUAUCAGUUUCUGACUUGAGCCAGGUCGAGAUUUCACUUUCCUAUCAAUCUACAUG